UGGCUCUACUCGUUUCCUCUCACUAUGUUUCCACCGUCAAUUAUUCCAUCACUUCUCUGUUUUGUCGUUCUUGGUAUCAGUACCUCAAGUGCACAAGGAGGCAAUCAAACGCCAUGGUCGAGCCCAGAGUCGCCGUACUUCCGUGAUUAUUUCAUGGCUGGAGGGUCCUACACGGACGAUGGCACUGAGAAUGGCACGCACGCAUUUCAAGGCCAAAUGUAUGUCGAACGUCUUAGACCUUUGGCGGGUGCGAACCACUCGUACCCUCUGGUGUUCAUCCAUGGAGCGGGGCAGACGGGAACAAAUUUUCUCAAUACACCAGACGGCCGGGAAGGAUGGGCUUCAUGGCUCAUUGGUAGAGGCUAUGAGGUGUAUAUCAUCGACCAAGUCGCUCGUGGAAGGAGUAUGUGGUUACCUACGAACGGAACUAUGUCCUUCUUCUCGGCAGAGACCAUCGAGCAGAUGUUCACCGCCACUCAAGAUUUCGACCUAUGGCCCCAAGCCGCGCUACAUACUCAGUGGCCUGGUACAGGUAGAAUGGGCGAUCCAGUAUUUGACGCCUACUAUGCGUCGACGGUGCAAUAUAUCACCAAUAACACGAUGGCAGAGACAGGCAUGCAGGCCGCUGGUGUCGCGCUAUUGGAUCUCAUUGGCCCCUCUAUCCUCAUUUCACACUCUCAAGCGGGUCUUUUCCCGUGGUUGUGGGCCGACGCCCGGCCGGAGCUCGUCAAGGGGAUACUUGCCAUCGAACCAGUUGGACCACCUUUCCAGGACGCCGUCAUUGACAACCGCACCGCCCGGGCAUAUGGCAUAACGGACAUCCCACUCACUUACGAUCCACCCGUGACGAAUACUAUCACACCUCUGACCACCGAAACGCGCCCCUCGUCGAACCCUAAUCGCACGUCGUGUACUCUCCAAGCAGAACCUGCUCGCCAACUUAUCAAUCUGAAGGAUAUUCCGAUACUGGUCGAAACGAGCGAGGCGAGCUACCAUGCGGUGUAUGACCAGUGUACCGUCGAAUUCUUGAGGCAAGCCGGUGCUCAGGCGGAGCAUUUGAGGCUUGAGGAUGUUGGGAUUCACGGGAAUGGUCACAUGCAUUUCAUGGAGAAGAAUAAUCUGGAGAUCAUCGAGUAUUUGGAGGAACACUGGAUUAGUACUAUUUGAUGCUUGGAACGAUGUCAGCCUCUUCUGCUCGGUUGGAAGGUGGGUUUACGCGUAAUGUGCACUAUAUUCAGGACUUCGUGCACAUGAGGCUCCAAGCGCCCGUAUGAAGUUCAUUCGUUGCUCUUCUCUGCUCUCUGUGGAUCCCGUGGCAAGGUUAGGCUGAUCUCGUGAGACAACGAAAUAUUACAGCAAGACCGCAUCCGACGGAUAUAUAGAUGUUAUUCUAAGCUCAACGUACCCCACCUUUGAGCUCGACGCACUCCACCGUUUCCACUUCGUCACUGCAUCGAUUCCUUUC